AGAGGAUUCGAAGUCGGGAAGGGAGGAACUGGGGCAAUAAUGUUCACGAACGAUCGGAGGCAAGAGGAGCGAACGGGAAGAUAUGGCACCCCCAGGUUGCAGUACCUCCAGGAUUUGGUGAGCCAGUUCCAGAAUGCUACGACUGAAGAGAUGAAAGAAAAAAUCGCUGCCAAUUUGGGGAAUUUUGCUUAUGAUCCCUACAAUUAUACAUUCUUGCGCCAGCUCAACGUUUUGGAGCUUUUUCUGGAUUGCAUGACUGAACCAAAUGAGAAACUUAUUGAAUUUGGAAUUGGAGGAAUAUGCAAUUCAUGCGCAGAGCCAGCAAAUGCUGCAAUCAUCACUCAGAGUGGUGGGAUCCCCCUCGUUAUUCAAUGUCUAUCAAGCCCUGUAAGGAAUACUGUAAUGUAUGCCCUCGGAUCUCUUUACUAUUUGUGCGAUGCAUCCAACAAAGAAGAAAUUUUGAAGCCAGAAUUAAUUGAUUUGAUCAAGAGGUAUGCUGCCGCUGGAAACGUUAGCAUCAACUUUAGCAAUCUGGCUAAUGCAUUCCUGGAGAAGCACGUCUCAGAAAACAAAUGAAAUUGGUAAUGGCUACUGUCAUGGAUAACAUGCGAGAUCGCAUUUUGAACAUGCCUAGUCUUUCUCGUGUCCUUGCCACCAGUAAUUGCAUACCUCCUGCCAAAGGUCAUAACUUCCAUUCACUUUGGCAAAAUUUUGGUACAAAUUACUAGCUAGUAAACCUUUAUAGGGUCAGGCAAGUCGUUGCCAUCUGUAAGUAACAGGAUCUCCUGGUGCAAAUGUAACUUCAAAAGGUUCGAGACUUCAUUUGCCUUUCGACAUUUUGAAGAUAUCACUUUCUGUAAAGUGUUGCUGAACUGCUGUAGCCCCAUCUUCUAAUGAAUCUGAUGUAGAUUAGCAAAACGCCAUUUGAUUGGUUUCUUGUCCCUUUCUGCUAA